GGAGGGGGGGACAAGCAAAGCAAAGCAGAGUAAACCAAAGCCAAGCCAAGCAGGGCAGAGAGUCGGUGAGGGAUUACCAGCUAACUUCGCUUAUUUGCAUGUGAUAUAGUGGCCAGCAGAUGUGUCCGCACCGCUGUUAAUUUUCUCCUCUCAUCGGCUUGUGUUACCGCAGCGGAGGCCCGAAUCAAGUGUAAGUUUAUGUUAGUUAGCAGUCUGACGUUAGCCGUUAGCCGCUAACUCCCGCUGGUGACUUCAAACAACUUGUCAACAGCCGAUCGAUCCUGGACGGGAUUCGGGACUGUUUUCGCUGCUUGUCUGGCGUGUGGCCGGCUUGGCAUUUCACCGUGAACACCUUCACAAGCAGCAGCACUACUGGGAGAGUGGAGCUAUGAUGGCUACGUGACAGGAGAUGAGCCGCUGAGUCAGCUUCAACAGGAACCAUGGAAGGGUUUCAACAAGCUGCCACAGAGCAGCACGACCGGGUGAACGGCCACUGCGAGCCCAUGUCCCCCCAGGACACAGCUGAGUCUGGAGGCUCAGACAGUUGUGGGGGGACAAGCGUGUCGGAGUUGACAGACGUGCAAGAGUUAAAGGCCAGGGAAAGUGAAGAUGAGGAGGACAAGGAGGAGAAGGAGGUAGCACCUGCAUCUAAAGGUCUGAAAGGGGACCAGAAGAAAAGACAGAAAGAGGGUCAAGAUCAGGACGAAAACGAUCACAGCAAGCAAAACAACAGCGCGUCGUCCAGCUACACAGACUUGUCCCAUACAUCGUCACCUUCGCUGUCAGAACAGCUGCGUCUCGGUAGAGAAGACAGCGCAGCAUCUGGGAUCAGUGUGGAGUGUAAGGUCUGCGGAGACAAGGCCUCGGGCUUCCACUACGGCGUGCAUGCCUGUGAAGGUUGUAAGGGCUUUUUUCGGCGGACCGUGCGGAUGAAACUGGAAUAUGAGCGCUGUGAGCGUUCUUGCAAGAUUCAGAAGAAGAAUCGUAAUAAGUGCCAAUAUUGUCGCUUUCAGAAGUGCCUGUCUUUGGGAAUGUCCCACGAUGCGAUCCGAUAUGGACGUAUGCCUGAGGCGGAGAGGAAGAAGCUGGUGGCAGGCCUGCUUGCAGAGGAGCUGAACCUCGGCAAACCAGGUGGCUCGGACCUGAAGACCUUGGCCAAACAAGUCAACACAGCCUACCUGAAGAACCUCAGUAUGACCAAGAAGAGGGCCCGCAGUAUCUUGACAGGCAAAACCAGCAGCACCGCACCCUUUGUGAUCUACGAUGUAGACACACUCUGGAAAGCAGAGAGUGGUUUGGUAUGGAGCCAGUUAGUUCCCGGUGCACCUCUGACCAAGGAGAUCGGAGUUCACGUGUUCUACCGCUGCCAGUGCACUACGGUGGAGACUGUGCGAGAGCUCACCGAAUUUGCCAAGUGCAUUCCAGGGUUUGUGGACCUCUUUCUUAAUGACCAGGUGACUUUGCUGAAGUAUGGAGUGCACGAGGCUAUUUUUGCCAUGCUGCCGUCUCUCAUGAACAAAGAUGGACUCUUGGUGGCCAAUGGCAAAGGCUUUGUGACGAGGGAGUUCCUGCGCAGCUUAAGAAAACCCUUCAAUGAGAUCAUGGAGCCCAAGUUUGAGUUUGCUGUCAAGUUCAACGCCCUGGAGCUGGAUGACAGUGACCUGGCCCUGUUUGUUGCUGCCAUUAUUCUCUGUGGAGAUCGUCCCGGGUUAAUGAACGUGAAGCAGGUGGAGCAGAGUCAGGACAGCAUCCUCCAGGCGCUGGACCUCCACCUCCAAGCAAACCACUCUGACUCUGUCUACCUCUUCCCCAAGCUGCUUCAGAAGAUGGCCGACCUCCGUCAGCUGGUUACUGAGAACGUUCAGCUUGUCCAAAAGAUCAAAAAGACUGAGUCGGAGACCUCUCUCCACCCUCUACUACAGGAGAUCUACAAAGACAUGUAUUAGCGUUCUCUGGCACAAACUGCUUCUAGCAAUACUGUUACAGACUGACGUUACAUUUCUAACAAUACACUGCAUUCAGUUCAAGCACUGUUCCACAUAUGGGCAUGGAUUUUAACGUGCAGAUGAGACAAACUCACCUGGUAGGGCUAACACAAUCAGCAAAGUCUUCACAAUGUCAGCAUUACCAUCAGCACAGUAGUGAGUGUGUGUGUGUGUGUGCGUGAUGAGCAUCUGGAAUCAUUUGUUGCAGGUCCUAGUUUCCCACAACGGUCACUUAACAAAAAGAACGAUGUGUUUUCUCACCCAGGCUGCUCCUGUUUCAUCCUAAUAGCAGAGCUGACCCCAGAGCAGCGUCUAGAGAGAGAGAGAGAGAGAGCUUCUCCUCCUUGGCUCUGUGUUUUGCUGUAAAAGGGAAAGCAUUCACAUUCUUACACCAAUGGCAUAGUUGAAAUAGAAAUCACUUUAUACCUUGCAAGAGUGAUUGUAAUUGUUCUCAGACUUUUAACGGAGCUGAAGAUGCACAAUUUGGUAUUUGUUUACAUCAUUAUUAUCAUCAUCAUCAUCAUCACUGACCGCCACUUUGCCAUUUGGUUUAAAGAACACAAACUGGGCUGGUUCCAGCAGUGUAGAGCUCAUCAAUGCAACUGUCUGUGCAAUACCAUUUCCAUUUGUCAAUAAAUGUGAGAUCCAAGUUUUGUCUUAAAGCCAUCUACCCAAGAGGUAACUGUUGGACUGUGCUGCACAGAUUUUAUUUCUGAAGCUGACACUAUAAACACGUGACCUGUUUAAGUACAAGGGACAGCAUGUUUUUAUUAGUUUCUCUCUUUGUGUUCACAUGCGAAACACAACAAACUUGCCAUUUUAAAGGUUUUUUUUUUUAGUUUAUUCUUUGUAAUGUUACUAAUUAUUUGUAAUUGUUGAUCACAUUUGUAAGGGCAAAACAUGAAUUAUCUUGUUUCAUGUAUUAAGAAUAUGUGUUUUUUCAUUUUACAUGCCUGCCUGUUUGGUUUAGGUUGUACCAAAUAUCUCAUCAAACCAUUCCUUGAUGAGGAAUCUGGAUUUCAUGGAUCAGGAGGAUUGACCCUAAACCAGCAUACCAACCAUGAUAUUGUUACUGGAAAGUUUGAUGACGAUUGAGAGGCAGCAUCCGGCAUCUAGUAUCUUAUGUCGGUUUUUGUAUUCGAGAUAUACACAGUCCUAGAGUGCUACUAUUUUUAUGUGUGUACGGUCUGAUUUGUCUUGUGAGGAGGGGGCACAAAGUGUAACAGCCUUAUAAUACUGUAGCCACAAUCCAUACGUUUCCAAUGUCCCCCCCCCCCCCCCCCCCCCACAGUAUUCUGUGUUUUCUCUUUUCACUGUACCUACUCUGAAUGGACUUCACUAUGUCAGCGCUGGUGCACACGGUCCACCUUCAUAAGCUUCUUCUUGUGCUCUUAUCGGUCUUGAUCCCUAUCUACCUCUAAUGUACAAUCUGUGACAUUAUUCCGCUGUCUCAUCUGAUCCCUGACGUUUAUUUUUUUUUGCCUUAAUUCCUGCUAUUGGUACACAUUUGCAAAUUUGAUAUUAUUGGCUGAUGUGUGGUGUGCCAAGCUAGCAAAGGGUGUGGAUGGAUGGAUAAAAAUUACACCAAAAAACACAAGAAAAGGUUGAUGUAAACUACCUCUAUGCCUGUGUAAGUGAUGGGUUGACACAAUGUCAAGACUUGAAAUAAUUUCCUCCUUAUGGUCACAUGUAACCUAUCUGCAGAUCUAGUUUAGUGAUAUCUCACUUAUAAAUUUGAUUAGAAAUAUUAA